AUGGCUAAAGAAUUGGAUGUUUUGAAACUGCAACCGGGAGGUAAUCCAGGGAUUAGCCUGGUAACCAUACUAUUCGAUGGAACAAACUUUCUCUCAUGGAGCCGUUCCAUAAAGUUGGCACUCACUGCAAAGAUGAAACUCUCCUUCAUUAAUGGAGAAAAUAAAAAACCAGAAAAGAAUGCAAAAGAAUUUGAGCAGUGGAUAAGAACCGAUUCUAUGGUGGCUUCAUGGAUAUUGAAUUCCAUCAAGAGAGAGAUAGCAGAUUGUUUCAUGUACACAAAUACAUCAAGAGCACUAUGGAAAGAACUGAAAAACAGAUAUGGCCAAAGUAAUGGGCCAAUGGAGUAUCAACUCAAGAAGGAAUUAAGUGCUGUCAUUCAAGGGACAAUGCCCUUGUUUGCAUACUUCUCCAAGAUCAUGAGAUUAUGGGAUGAACUUUCUUGUAUCACUCCCACACCUAGCUGUACCUGUGGCAACUGCACCUGUGGAGCAUCAAAAGAAUCUGCAAGAAUUAAAGAAAAUGAUCAGCUCAUUUAA